UUGAGGACCUUGUGGUUCUUCUUCUUAUAUACUUCUUGUAAUGUGGUUCUCUGUGGUUUCCUGUUAACCCAACACGAUUGACCUGAGGCUGGAAUUGUAAGUGAUCUUUGUGAUAGCUCUCAAUGGUGCUGAAAAGUUACCUCUUUACCAAGUGCUACCAAUUGCUAUUGUUAUCUUGAAAAGUGUUCAGUCUAAGUAAGUGUUUAGUCUCAGUGCAAUGGUAGUGAUUCACAGGUUACAGUAGCUGUGAACUGGUGACCAAGUUCCCUUACCCUUUACUUCAAUCAUGAGGACUGAUGGGAGACCAUGGAGAGAGGAGUCCCUCCCUUAAGGACUGGCCAAGGAUCCUGGAAGUCUCAAGAACAUAUGAAAAAUUUUGAUCCUGAGCCUGUCCUGAAGCAUCCUCUGAACAGCACCUGGACCUUGUUUUAUUUCAUCAAUGACAAGAGUGGAAAGUUGAACUACGAGGAGUGCCUAGCUGUGGUUGCAUCGUUCAAUACAGUUGAAGACUUUUGGGCUUUGUUCAACCAUAUAAAGAAUGCCAGCAAGCUCAAGAUUGGCUUUGCCUAUUUGCUGUUCAAGAAUGGCAUCUUGCCGUACUGGGACGGCUCUGGCAAUGCCGGUGGUGGCAGGUGGACGCUCAAAACUUCUUGGCACCAACGAUUCACUCAUCUUGAUAAUUACUGGCUGGAACUGAUCAUGAUGAUGGUUGGUGAGGAUGAGGAAGAGUGCGUCAACAACAACAUUACAGGUGCCAUCAUCACUCGCAGAAUGAAGCAGGAUCUAGUUUCUCUGUGGUGUGCACCAACCAAGAAGUUUGAGGUCACUUUGAAAGUUGGGAAAGUGAUGAAGCGAUGCAUGGGCAUCCCAUCGAGCACUACCAUCGAAUUCAGAAUGCAUUCGAACAAGAUUAGAAGCCGCAGCACCAUUUUGUGAUCAGUCUACAGUUUUUUAAGCACUCUCGCUUCUUCUUCAAUUGUUAUUUGUUGUGCUCUUCUCGUACCUUUUCUGUUGAUACAAAAUUAAUCAGACUUUUUUCUCGCGUCUAGUUAUCACAUUAGGUUAACUUUCUCUCUUGGGUAGUUAUGUUCUGUUUCAUGUCUGCUCUUCUGUUUUACUUAGUAGUAAUUUUCUCGUUUCUCAUCUGUUUAUUCCCUCAUUUUAAGUAUUUACUUUUGACCUUGUUCUAAUGUUAUGAAAGUG